AUGUGGGGAAGAAGGAGGAGGAGGAGGAGGAGAGGCUGAGCUCAGCUGAGUUGGGUUUGUGGAGGGGGAGCAGCAGCUGUUGGGGUUUGUCCUGCAGACACUUUGCAGUGUCCUCUCUCUCUCUCUCUCUCUCUUUCUCCCCUCGACCUCCACAAUGACAUCUGGGUACCCAGUGCUGUGGAUUGCACUCGUCACUUGCUCUCUUGUCUCCUCCUCUGUUGAUGGUGUUUACCUGGAACCAGAUCAAAAUGUCAGUAUUCCUGCAGGGUGGACCCACACAGGACGGGUGGCCGAUUCUGAUCAAAUACUCUUAACGUUUGCACUGAAACAGCAAAACCUCGGCAAACUGAAGGAAUAUCUGGAGCAAGUGGCAGACCCUCAGUCUCCUCAAUAUGGGAAGUACCUCUCCUUGGAUCAGUUGGCUGGUUUGAUUCAGCCUUCAGAAGAGACUCUGAAAGUAUCGCGGAAAUGGCUGAGGAACCAUGGUAUACACAACUGCUCCACGGUCCAGACUUUAGACUUCUUGCAGUGCUCCAUGCCUGCUAGCACCGCUGAAAAGCUUUUGCCUGGAUUGGAGUUUAAUCGAUAUACAAAUGGUCAUCAGACACUGGUACGCUCCCCCCUUCUGUAUAAAAUUCACAAAGAAGUGGCUGAACAUGUUGAUUUUGUUGGAGGUAUUCACCGGUUCGGCUCGCAGAAGUCUGUGAUAAGCAAGGCAUGGAAAACUUUCAAGUAUGGAAAGGCAGGUUUUCACAUGGGAGUGACGCCUAGCGUUAUAAGAAAGCGAUACAAUCUCACUGAAAGCGAUAUCGGCUCUCAUGAAAAUAACAGCCAAGCAGUGGCGCAGUUCUUAGAACAAUAUUUCCACCAGAUGGACCUUGCAGAGUUCAUGAAACUGUUUGGUGGUAGCUUUAUGCACCACACUAAAGUAGACAAUGUAGUGGGAUCCCAGGGAAGAGGUAAGGCACGUUUGGAGGCCAGCCUGGAUGUAGAGUACAUCAUGAGUUCGGGAGCAAACAUAACCACCUGGGUCUUCAGUAAUGCAGGAAGACAUGAAUCUCAGGAGCCCUUUCUGCAGUGGUUGCUUUUAUUGAGCAAUAUGUCAUCUGUUCCAUGGGUUCACUCUGUCAGCUACGGAGAUGAUGAGGACAGUCUAUCUGUGGCAUUUAUGAACCGAGUCAACAUUGAGUUCAUGAAGGCCGGUGUCCGAGGGCUGACGAUACUCUUUGCUUCCGGAGACGAUGGGGCAGGCUGCCGAAUGGUUAGCAAGGGAAUAAAUGCCUUCAGACCCAACUUUCCUGCAUCUAGUCCAUACGUCACAACUGUGGGAGGAACUUGUUUCAAGAAUCCCUUUCAGAUUACAACUGAGGUAUCGGAUUACAUUAGCGGCGGGGGAUUCAGUAAUGUGUUUAAGAUGCCAGACUAUCAGGUUUCUGCUGUGAAGUCUUACCUCAAAAGGAUGAAAUCCCUUCCUCCAGAAUCAUACUACAAUAUCAGUGGCCGUGCCUACCCUGAUGUUGCCGCUCUAUCGGAUAACUACUGGGUUGUGUCCAAUCUAAUCCCUAUUCCUUGGGUGUCUGGAACAUCUGCCUCAACGCCAGUCUUUGGUGGUAUUUUGGCCCUGAUAAACGAUCGCCGGUUCCAAAAAGGUCUUCCAGCUCUUGGUUUUGUAAAUCCACUGCUUUACAAGCUGCAGGAAAAUGGCACAUCCCAAGCCUUCUUUGACGUGACCGAAGGAUGCCAUUUGGGUUGUCUGGAUGAAAGAACGCAAGCCCAGGGAUUCUGUACUACCGAGUUCUGGGAUCCUGUAACAGGUUGGGGGACACCCAACUAUCCAGCAUUACUCCAGGCACUUCUUGCUUACAAGCAGGAUUAUCCAUGAUUGAAAGGAGCGAGACAAAUGUAAAUCCCAUGCUUAUGUUUUGAAUACGCCUUCCAUGAACAUGUGCCUCAUUUUUAAUCACCGUUAAAGUCACUUUUAUUAACGGGAAAAAAAUGUUUGAAGUCGUGCUUAACUACCACUUCAUGGAAUUAUUGUGUGUUUCUUUUUUUUUAAAAAAUCUGGGUGAAUCCAAUGAUUUGGGCUAAUGCUGCUGCAGCAAAUCCACUCUCCCAUUAGUUUAACAAAAUGCUGUUUUCAAUACAAUUCUUUUCAUAUUGCACUGUGUUGAUUUUCUUGAUGGGAAGUUGAUAAAUUAAGCUUCGUGCUAAAUAGAUUGGAAAUUUAAGUCUAUUUGUAAACUGGCCAAUUGACAUUAAAUCGAUCAAAAAUAUCAACUCCAAAUUAAUGAGGACAAGAUACGCAAAACUUGUGUAAGCACAAAGUACUCUAAACCUGCUGCUUCUGUAAUUAAUUAAGCUGUCAGCAGCUGGUUAUCUAAGUGGAUGGUUUACAUCCCCGAAAUGGCACCCUGAGUUGCCGAGCAGUUAUAGGAUGUUACCUACUGAUUAUGACCAUUUGUGAUGUGCUGCCGAUACCUGAAUAAUUAGGUCGCAGACUUCUAAUUUAGUGUGUUGAGACAUUUGAAUAAAUGUGCUGAUGAAAAAC